CGGGCCGCAGACAACCGUCGCGGCCUGAUGACGUCGCACAAUGGCCGGCCCCCGCGGGUAGUGGAGCCCGUUUGUUCCGCCCGCGUCGCGCCUCAAGCCGGAGCCUGUGAGGAGCGGAAGGGCUGAGGGACCUCAUCUCCGCGCCGCCCCGACACCUGCGAAGCCGUGGCCCCCUCUCUGCCCUUGCGCUGAGAACCGUGGGUACCGAUGGAUGUGGCCGAGAGCCCUGACCGGGACCCUCGCUCUCCAGAGGACGAAGAAGAGGAGCAGCAGGGGCUCUCGGACGAUGACAUCCUGAGGGAAAGUGGGUCUGAGCAGGAUCUGGAUGGAGCUGGGGGGAGGGCUUCCGACGCGGAGGACGAGGAGAACGUCGCCCCGGGACUGAGCCAGGAGGAAGAGGAGAGCCGCUCCGACGAGGAGGACCGGGACUCUGAGGCUCCGGAGCUGAGCGGGGGCCCGGCCAGCCCCCCGCGGGCCGAGGGGGACCGGGGGGAGGAAGACCGCACCAGCGACCUGAGGGACGAGGCCUCGUCGGUCACCAGGGACCUGGACGAGCACGAGUUAGACUACGAUGAGGAGGUCCCCGAGGAGCCUGCCCCCGCCACGCACGAGGACGACACCGAGAAGGCCGGGCCUGAGGAUGACGAGGAGAGGGGAGAAGGGGCUCCCGGGGAGGACGGGAAGGCGGGCGUCCACGGCGUGGAGGACAGGGAGCCCGUGGAGGCGGCCAAGGAGAAAAGAAAAGAGGAUGACGACGGAGAGAUCGACGACGGAGAGAUCGACGAUGAUGACCUGGAGGAGGGUGAAGUGAAGGACCCCAGUGACAGGAAGGUGAGGCCUCGUCCCACCUGCCGAUUCUUCAUGAAAGGGAACUGUACCUGGGGCAUGAACUGCAGGUUUAUACACCCUGGAGUCAACGACAAGGGCAACUACUCCCUCAUCACCAAAGCCGAACCUUUCCCGCCCAACGGUGCCCCGCCUCUCGGACCUCACCCUCUGAUGCCUGCCAACCCGUGGGGUGGGCCAGUAGUUGAUGAAAUUUUGCCUCCACCCCCUCCAGAGCCCCCUGCAGAGAGUGCUUGGGAACGAGGACUCCGGCAUGCAAAGGAGGUUUUAAAAAAAGCAACCAUUCGAAAAGAACAAGAGCCUGACUUUGAAGAGAAGAGGUUUACGGUGACCAUUGGUGAAGAUGAACGGGAGUUUGACAAAGAAAACGAAGUUUUCCGAGAUUGGAACUAUCGGAUCACGAGAGAUGUCAGAGACACAGCACUUGAGCCUUAUGCAGACCCUUAUUACGACUAUGAGAUAGAGCGGUUCUGGCGUGGCGGGCAGUACGAGAAUUUCCGGGUGCAGUACACAGAAGCGGAGCCGUACCAUAACUACCGGGAAAGGGAGCGGGAACGAGAGCGAGAGAACAGACAGCGGGAGCGGGAGCGCGAACGGGAGCGGGAUCGGGAGCGGGAGCGGCGGCAGCGGGAGCGCGAGCGCGAGCGGGAGCGCGAGCGGGACAAGGAGCGGCAGCGGCGGAAGGAGGAGUGGGAGCGGGAGCGCGCCAAGCGGGACGAGAAGGACAGACAGCACCGCGAACGCGACAAGGAGCGCGAGAAGGAGAAGGAGAAGCCCAAGGCCCGCUCCCCGCAGCCACCAAGCCGUCAGGCUGAGCCACCAAAGAAGGAGACGGCCUCUGCCGGGCCCCAGGUGAAGAGAGCCGACGAGUGGAAGGACCCCUGGCGCCGGUCCAAGUCUCCCAAGAAGAAACUUGGGGUAUCGGUCUCCCCUAGCCGGGCACGACGACGUCGAAAAACGUCAGCCUCGUCGGCCUCUGCGUCUAAUUCCUCCAGGUCGUCAUCGCGGUCGUCCUCCUACUCUGGCUCCGGCUCCUCCCGGUCCCGGUCCCGGUCCUCGUCCUACAGCUCCUACUCCAGCCGCUCUUCCAGACACAGCUCGUUCUCAGGCAGCCGCUCCAGGUCCCGGUCCUUCUCCUCGUCCCCGUCCCCGUCCCCGACGCCCUCGCCGCACAGACCUGUCAGAACCAAGGGGGAGCCGGCUCCGCCUCCCGCAAAAGCAGGAGAGAAGCUGCUGAAGAAGCCAGCCCCACCUCCAGCCCCACCGCAGGCCCCCAAAGCCACCGCUCCUGCCCCCGAGCCCACCAAGCCCGGAGACCUUCGGGAAGCCAGGAGGAGGGAGCGGCAGGCCAGGAGCCCGCCCAGGAGGCGGACUGUCAGCGGCAGCGGCAGCGGCAGCAGCUACAGCGGUUCUAGUUCCAGAUCCAGGUCCCUGAGCGUGAGCAGCGUCUCCUCCGUGUCCAGCGCCACGUCGAGCAGCAGCUCAGCGCACAGCGUGGACUCGGACGACAUGUAUGCGGACCUGGCAAGCCCCGUGUCCUCGGCUAGCUCGCGGUCCCCCACCCCAGCCCAGACCAAGAAGGAGAAAGGAAAGUCUAAGAAAGAAGACGGUGUGAAAGCAGAUAAGCGGAAGCGGGAUCCGUCCACGCAGCCGCCCAAACCCUCGAGAACCCCCGCGGGCGGCAGGUCCUCCCAGCAGCCCACGACCCCCCAGCAGGCGCCGCCCGGCCAGCCCCCACCGGCCACGUUCAUCGCCCACAAGGAGAUCAAGUUGACUCUGCUGAACAAGGCUGCUGAUAAAGGGGGCAGGAAGCGCUACGAGCCCUCGGACAAGGACAGGCAGAGCCCACCUCCAGCCAAGCGGGCCAACCUCUCCCCGGACCGAGGUUCUCGGGACCGGAAGUCAGGUGGGAGACUCAGCUCCCCGAAGCCAGAGCGGCAGAGGGGCCAGAAUUCCAAGGCCCCUGCGGCCCCGACAGACAGGAAGCGCCCGUUGUCCCCCCAGUCCAAGAGCUCCAGCAAGGUCACCAGUGUGCCCGGCAAAGCCUCGGAUACCAGUGCUGCCGCCGGCGCGUCCACGGGCACCAAGUCAGGGAAGGCCAGCACGCUGUCCCGGCGGGAGGAGCUGCUGAAGCAGCUGAAGGCCGUGGAGGACGCCAUUGCCCGCAAGCGGGCCAAAAUCCCCGGGAAGGUGUAGCCCGGGCUCUGUUCCCCGAGGCAGAGACUCACUUGUUUUUAUAAAUAGGGUAAGCGCAGCCAUUUUGGAUUUUGCAGUUAAUGUCUUAUUUUGGCUGUGAUUCUUUUUAAAAAUUAAAAAAAAAAAAAAAAAAAAAAAGUUUCUCAGCUGGAAAAGAAGCCACACACGUAACGAAGAUGACGCUGAAUCCCAGACUGAAGCAGCCCCUUCCCAGAGCAGAAGUCCGGCGAGCCGGCUGGGCGGGCGGCAGCGCGGUGAGGACCGACUCGAUUUUAUGUAAAUGAUGAGUCCUCCCUCUGCUCGUCAGUCAGGCGUCCUCACCACCCGUCAGUCGCGCCCUCGGCACCCGCCCUCCUACUGUCGCCAGGAACACCAAGUCUGCCGAGUGUCCUCCCCGCCCCUGCGUCCCCAGGAUCAAAAAGUAUAUAUAUAUUCUUGACUAAAGUCUGAUUGGGAAAUACUCCUGUCUUUUAUUUUAAGCAUCAAAUUGUUUUAGUUGAUUUAAAAAGGAAAAAAAAAAAAUACAGAAAAGACCAAAAAAAAAAGGCC